AUUUGCAAAAGACAUCAAUGGGAGAAGGAGAGUAUUUCAGGAGAGAUUAUAGUCUGUGGUGAGAACAUAAGAAAUAGGAGCAGGAGUCGGCCGUCCAGCCCGUCGAGCCUGCUCCAACAUUUAAUAAGGACAUGCCUGAUCUGGCGAUGGGCAUCUCCACCUACCUGCAUUUUCCCCAUAACCCUUAAUUCACCUACUAUGCCAAAAUCUAUCCAACCUGAUUUGAAGACAGAAUACAAUAUUAUGUUAGGACUCUUGGCAGUGUGGAGGAUCAGCGAGAUAUUGGGGUCCAUGUCAAUUUUACAAUUAAAGGCGCAGCGCUGAUUGUCAUUGUUGUUAAUAAGGCCUUCAUCAAGCAUGGAACUGAAUUCACGAGUGGUGAGGUAAUGUUGCAGCUGUACAAGACCUGAUUUACACCCCACUUCGAGUAUUCUGUUCAGUUUCCUCAUUACAGGAAGGAUGUGGAUACUAUAGAAAGAGAGCAGAGGAGAUUUACAAGGAUGUUGCAUGGAUUGGAGAACAUGCCUUAUGACAAUAGGUUGAGUGAACUUUGUAGCGAAGGAGGAUGAGAGGUGACCUGAUAGAGGUGUAAAAGAUGAUGAGAGGCAUUGAUCGUGUGGACAGCCAGAGGCUUUUUCCUGGGGCUGAAUUGGCAAACACAAGGGGCAUUGUUUUAAGGUGCUUGGUCGAUUGGAAUGUCAUAGAUAGGUUUCUCACACAGAGUAGCAGGUGUAUGGAAUACACAGUCAGCGAUGACAGUACAGACAGAUACUAUGCAGUCUUUUGAGAGAUUCAGAUAACUUCAUGGAGCUUAGAAUACACAGAGUGCAAUGCAGUUGGAAAAUAGGAGGCAGUUUCUGGAACAGGUUACAUGGACGGCACACUGUGUAUUAUAUUGUAGAUUUCCAUGUUUCCAUAAGCACUCAUCCUCUAACAAGGCUCGGAUCAGACAUUCUGACUGACCAUCAAAUUAUCUGACUAUAUCCCUGUCUUUAUGAGAAUGGGCUGUUUCUGACUUCAAUCAACCUGUGACUUGGCCCAAUUUGUCUCUCUCCUUCGGGAUUAUUUCAAGUUCUGGUCAUGUUCCACAAUACUACAAAGAUCACGUGUUACUGCAUGUACGAUGCUGGAGAUUUACUAAUUACUUGGAUCGCCCCCCCCCCCCCCAUCUGCUGAGUGACAGUGAUGAACCCAUCGAUGGCAAUGCCAAUGAAUAUAUAGUGGAGGGCAGUGGUUAUUCUCAUUGGAGUGCGGCACCUUUGUGAUCUGAAAGCCAGAAGUCACUUGUCAUCGAGGCAAAGGUGUUUCAUAUCGUUAUUGACCCAGAGAGAACUAAAUCCGAUGGAAGGUUUUAUUUCCGUACAGCACUAAUUGACAUUUUCACUGACUGGAAGGUAAACUCUUCAACCGAGCUUAACUAGGAACUAUAUUUUCGUUCGGAGUUCAUAAUCCUCGGAUUUACAUAGUGGAGCACGGCAACGUUCAGGAGAUACAUCCGCUCGCACUUCCUUCGAAUGUACGGAACAACACCGGUACUAUUGCCCAUGGCUGCCUCUUUACCCAGAAACCCUCACGAAGAGAAACCUCCCGGUGUUGUUGGGUUGGUUGUGGGCUGGGCUGAGAGGUUGGAAGGUGGUGGUGCAUGUGUGAAUGUGGUUUGGAACUUGUUGAGGGUAAGAGAGUGGGGAAGGAGUGGGAAUUGCUGGGAGCGGGUUGCCUGGGUCUGGUAAAGGCAGACAAGGUGAGAGGAGGGGCUGAGGGAAAGAGAGUGGAGAAGGAGUGGGAUAGGGAUUUGGGAGCAGAGGUAGGCAGCUGGGGAGAAAUGGAUUAUUGUGAAGGGAGAAACAAAAAGGAAUAAGGAGAUAGUGAGGGGAUGGAUGAAUGAAAACCAAGACAAAGGGAAUAAAAGAAUAAGAAAUGACAGUGGAGAGAGUUCUGAAAGUAAGGAAGAUGAACAAGUUGAGAGGGGAGCUGUUGUCAUAAAUGGGUUUAAUGAGAAGGCGCAAGGACACAUGAAGGAAAUGAACCCGUUUGUGCUAACAACAACUCUGGCAAAUAAGGUAGGGGAAAUAGUAUUUGCAAAAGUCCUUAAUGAUGGCAAUCUAUUGGUAAGAUGUGCGAAUGAGGAACAACUUGAGAAAGCACUCAAGCUAAAAGAGAUAGGAAAAUGCAAGGUGGAAUAUACAGGGAGGGUGGGAGCACGAAAUGGUGGUUGUAAGGGAGUGAUCACGGGUGUACCAAUGAGUAUAAACAUGGAAGAGUUGAAGAGGAAUAUCAAAGGGGGGAAAGUAAUUAAUGUUCGAAGACUGAAAACAACAAAGGAGGGAAUGAAAAAGGAAAGUGAAACAGUAUUGAUUGAAUCUGAAGAAGCAAGAGUGCCAAGUAAAGUUUUCCUGGGUUUCAUGAGUUACCCAGUAAGGGUAUAUGUGCCAAACCCAUUGAGGUGCUAUAAUUGUCAAAGGUUUGGACACAUAGCUAAAAACUGUAAAAGGCAGAGGAGAUGUGCUAGAUGUGGGGAUGUUCAUGAAUAUGGAAAGUGCGGAACAGGAGUGCAACCAAAAUGCUGUAAUUGUGGAGGAGCUCAUAAUGUGGCAUAUAGUGGGUGUGAGGUUAUGAGACGGGAGAUUAAAAUUCAAGAAAUAAGAGUGAAAAGAAAGAUCACUUAUGCAGAAGCUGUAAGAAUGUCCAGAGAACAGAAUAAUGCUCCUAAUGACCAGAGAGCAAUUGGGAUGCAAGAGAUGCAGCGAAGAGUUUAUGCAGACAGGAUUUAUGUGUGGGAAAAAAAGCUCUGGUAACAUUCAUUGCAGGAGUCAUUAAUUGUACGGCAGAGGUAAAGUCAAAAAGUGACAAAAUUCUGCUGGUGGUCAAGGCAGCAGUAAACCAUUUAGUGUUAGUAGGACUGACAUGGGAAGAAGUCAGGGAGAACCUCACUAAUCAGUCAAGCCAGGACGUGUCAUAGUUUGGUUAGUACUCAUUAUGGUGAUUCUUUUGAAUGGAAUGCAGGGAGUUUACUGGCCAAUGGCUAGGAAUUUAAGGAAAUUAUUAAGGAAAUGGUUGUAAAAUCAGAUGUAGUGUGUAUUCAGGAAACUUGGUUGAAACCAGCUUUAGACUUUGUGGUACAUGGGUAUACAAUGAUAAGAAAAGAUAAAAAUCUAGGGGGAGGAGGAGGUUGUGCUAUGUUAAUCAAGCAAGGUAUACCAUAUAGAGUACUGGAAAAAGGAAACGAUCAGGAAUACAUAGUGGUGAAAAUAUGGGAGAGAGGGGAGGGAGUGGUUAUAAUUAACUACUACAAUCCAUGUAAAAGGUUGGAUUUGGACAGCCUACUAAGGAUACAAGGACAAAAUAGACAUAAAGUAGUGCGGUGUUCAGAUUUCAAUGCUCACAGCACAAUAUGGGGGGAUCCGAUUACAGAUUCAAAUGGAACUGUAAUUGACAAUUUGAUGGAAGAAAGGGAUUUGGUAUGUAUGAAUGAUGGGAGAGGAACAAGGAUAAACAUAACAACAAGAACUGAGUCGGUAUUAGAUAUUACGUUAGUGUCUUAUGUCUUGGCCGUCAACAGUAACUGGGGCGUUUGGACUGCUUCAACAGUAGGUAGUGAUCACUAACCAGUUUUAUGUUCAGUGGGUGAAAGAGUUGAAAUAAUACCAGGUGGGGUAGUCCCAAAGUGGGUGUUUGGAAAAGCAGAUUGGGGUAAGUUCCAGAAGUUAACUGAAGAAGCAUUGACAAGGAUUGACAUUUCUGGAGAUAUAGAUGAAUUAAACAGUCAGGUGACUUGAGCAAUUAUUAUGGCAGCAGAAGGAUUUAUACCCAGGACUAAAAAUAGGAUGAAUAGAAAAAUAGUGCCAUGGUGGGCAGAGGAAUGUGGUCAGGCUGUAAAAAACAGAAACAGAGCAUUCAGGCUAGUUAAAAGAACCCAUAAUAUGCAGCAUUUGCUUCAAUAUAAGAAGGCACAGGCAGUGGUGAGAA